AGCCGACCUUCUGGAAAGCAAACAUAAGGGGAAAAAAAGAAAGAAAAAAAGACAAAAAAAAAACUAAUAAAAGGAAAAAAGGAGAGUAAAGAGGCCAGUGGAGAGGAGGCACCGCCGGCCCAACCUCCCUCUCCGUGCGCGCUCCCGCCGCCUGACCAGGGCCACUGCGCACGCGCAGCCCAGGCUUCAGACCCCCGGCGCGGCCCGCACGGCAGGGCCCUCAGGAGCGAUGGCCCAGGUAGCAGUGCCCACUAUGCCCACUGGAGAUGAGUCUUCAGACAGCAGGAUGGUGGUGACGUUCCUCAUGUCUGCUCUGGAGUCCAUGUGUAAAGAGCUGGCCAAGUCCAAGGCCGAGGUGGCCUGCAUCGCCGUGUAUGAGGCAGAGGUAUAUGUGGUGGGGACAGAUCGAGGCUGUGCCUUUGUCAACGCCAGACAGGAUUUCCAGAAAGACUUCGCACAGCAUUGCCAGGGGGAAGGGCUGACUGAAGAGAAACCACUGUGUCCCGAAAAUGGAGAAGCCCAGGUGCUCAGGAAAGCAGUGGAGGACCACUUCUGCCUUUGUUACCGUAAAGCUCUGGGGACGACAGCGACGGUCCCUGUUCCCUAUGAGCAGAUGCUUCAGGACAAGACAGCUGUGCUGGUGCGGGGCCUUCCGGAAGGCCUGGCCUUUCAGCACCCCGACAAUUACAGUCCUGAAACCCUGAGGUGGAUUCUGGAGAACAAAGCAGGGAUUUCAUUCGUCAUAAACAGACCUUUCCGAGGUGCAGAGAGCCAGCUGGGUGGUCUUGGGAUGCUGACAGAUGCCGAGAGGCUGGCACUACCACCAAAUGACAGCUGUGGCCCCAUCAGUGUGAAAACUGAACCCAUGGAAGAUUCUGGAACUUCACCGAAGGCAGCAGCCGUUUUAGUGAAGACAGAGUCAGAGGAUCCUAGCUACUGUCAGUGUGACGUGCAAGGAAAUGAGCAUUCUUCCACCAGCAGUGAAGUCAGAGGAAUGGAGUUGCCGUCUGCAGAGUCCACUCCACUGGUCUCUUCAGAAACAGAUGAGGAUCCUAAGGCCGAUGUGAAAAUGGAAGGAAAUCUGUCCAACAUUGUAAACUCUGCAGCGGGCGUUGAAGAUCUUAGGAUCGUACAGGUGACAGUUCCAGAUAAUGAGGAGAGGCUGUCCGGCAUUGAGAAAAUUAAGCAGCUUCGAGAACAGGUGAACUACCUCUUCAGCAGAAAAUUUGGGGAGGCCAUAGGAGUGGACUUCCCUGUGAAGGUUCCCUACAGGAAAAUCACCUUUAAUCCCGGCUGCGUGGUGAUUGACGGCAUGCCCCCAGGAGUGGUGUUCAAAGCCCCCGGGUACCUGGAGAUUAGCUCCAUGAGGAGGAUCCUGGAUGCGGCCGAUUUCAUCAAGUUCACUGUCGUCAGACCCCUUCCUGGACUCGAACUUAGUAAUGUGGGAAAACGGAAGAUAGACCAGGAGGGCCGAGUGUUUCAAGAAAAGUGGGAGCGAGCAUAUUUCUUCGUGGAGGUGCAGAACAUCCCCACGUGUCUGAUCUGCAAGCAAAGCGUGUCAGUGUCCAAGGAAUACAACCUGCGUCGCCACUACCAGACCAACCACAGCCGGCACUAUGACCAGUACUCGGGGCAGGCGCGGGAUGAGAAGCUGCAAGAACUGAAAGCGGGGCUGCAGAAGUACCUCGUGGGGGCCUCAGACAUCGUGUGCCCCGAGCAAGCAUUCUCCAACACAAGUCCACCUGUGAACCCCGUGGCACCGCCCGUGGAAGACCUGGCUGGGAACAUAUGGAAGACUGUCCGACAGAAGAUCCGGUCAUUUGUGGCGUACUCCAUUGCCAUCGAUGAGAUCACAGAUAUCAACGACACCACCCAGCUGGCCAUCUUCAUCCGCGGCGUAGAUGACAACUUCGACGUGGCCGAGGAGCUUUUGGACACUGUGCCCAUGACAGGCGCCAAAUCUGGGAAUGAGAUACUUCUCUGCGUAGAGAAUAGUCUCAAGAAGUUCAGUAUCGACUGGUCCAAGCUGGUGAGCGUUGCCUCCACUGGCACCCCGGCCAUGGUGGAUGCCAACAGUGGGCUGGUGACGAAGCUCAGAGCCAGGGCGGCCUCAUGUUGCAAGGGAGCCGACCUCAAAUCCAUGUGCUGUAUCAUCCACCCCGAGUGGCUGUGCUCCCAGAAGUUACGGAUGGGCCACGUCAUGGACGUGGUGGUGGACUCGGUGAACUGUAUCUGCUCCCGUGGCAUGAACCACGGUGACUUCACAACGCUGCUCUACGAGCUGGACAGCCAAUACGGUAGCCUGCUGUAUCACACAUCCCUCAAGUGGCUGGGCCGGGGUCUGGUCCUCAGGAGGUUUUUCGAAUCCCUGGAGGAAAUAGACUUGUUCAUGUCUUCCCGGGGCAAACCCGUGCCCCAGCUCAGCUCCCAGGACUGGAUCCUGGACUUGGCCUUCCUAGUGGACAUGACGACACACCUCAACACGCUGGACGCCUCCCUCCAAGGCCAUUCACAGAUGGUGACACAGAUGUACGACUUCAUCCGGGCCUUCCUAACAAAACUGUGCCUCUGGGAGACGCACCUGGCCAGCAACAACCUAGCCCACUUCCCCACACUGAAGUCAGUUUCCCAGAGCGAGAGCGACGGGCUUAACUACAUACCCAAGAUCGCGGAACUCAAAGCCGAGUUCCAGAAGCGGCUGGCGGAUUUCAAGGCCUGGGAGAAGGAGCUCACGCUGCUGAGCUCCCCCUUCUCCAUCCAGAUUGACAGCGUGCCUGAGGAGCUCCAGAUGGAGGUGAUCGACCUGCAGUGCAACACGGCGCUCAGGACCAAGUAUGACAAGCUGGGCGUCCCGGACUUCUACAAGCACCUCUGGAGCAGCUACCCCAGAUACAGGCUCCACUGUGCCAAGAUGCUGUCCAUGUUCAGCAGCACCCACAUCUGCGAACAGCUCUUCUCCAUCAUGAAGCUGAGCAAGAAGGAGGCACAGUGGGGCUCGGCACAGGUAGCAACCUGAGGGAGGAGAGGGCCGGGGCCUGACAUCCCAGUACUGGGAAGGUCAAGGCAGGAGGAUCUGAGUUUGACUUUGCUAUCAGCCUGGGCUACGUAUCAGUAUCAAGACCCCAGAGAAAGUGCUGGAAGAGAUACAGAAGGAGUGGAAUCUGGCCAUCCCCUGUCCCCCCAUUAUGUGGAGACCUAGACUGUCCCAGGCCUAAGAGGUUGUGAGAUGAGAGCAACUGACUGUUAAAACCUCCCGGUUCAAUGGGAUGAAAGUCCCUCUUUGAAUUGGAACCCUAGUUUGCAUAUCACACCUGUUCAGAUGGCAUUUGAGGGGGUUCAGCGUAUCUGAGGUGUUUCCAGUGGUUGGUGCCUCUUGUUCCUGACUGCCCUGUGUUGUUCAUUCAUAUAAUACAGUUUGUAAUAAACCCA